GUAUCCACUAAUUGGCCUGUUCAGCACAAAGAGAGAGAAAAAAAUGUUUACCUAUAUCUGAUGCACUACUGCAGUAUCAAUCCUUGUCGGCCUACAUGAAUCAGUAAAGAAAUUAAGCCUAAAUUAUGAAUGAAUAAAGAAAUGGAAGAUGAAUGAGAUACUUUCUACAAUAAUGGUCUCAGGCAGGCCUGAAUAAAAUGGAGCUGUAUAUAGAAACAUUGACAGGAACUGCUUUUGAGCUUCAUGUUUCUCCUUUUGAGACUGUCAUGUCAGUAAAAUCAAAAAUACAAAGGCUUGAAGGCAUUCCUAUCUCCCAUCAACAUUUGAUUUGGCAGUCUAUAGAGCUUGAGGAUGAUUUCUGUCUUCAAGACUAUAAUAUACAAAGUGGGGCAACAUUGAAACUUGUUUUAGCAAUGAGAGGUGGACCUAUAAAUACACGUCGAAUUCCUGUAGAGGACACAGCACUGAGAGAAAUGGCUGAGUACAUGGAAGCUAACAGAGAAGAAAUUUUGGAUAAACUUCCUGGAAAUAGCAAUGUAACUUUGUUGGUGUUUAGGGAAGGUGAUAAGUUGAACUUCUUUCGUGUUGUUGACACAAGACCUGAUGGUAGCCUUACUCCUCUUUCUGAAGCAAUAUACAGUCCGGUGUAUAAUGUUCAUGGUGAUGAUGAUGAUGACGAUGAUGAUGAUGAUGAAGAAGAAGAGGCAGAAGAAUCAUUAAACCUUGAAAAGACAGAAGAGAACAGUAAAAUGAAAGAAAAAAUGGAUCAGUUGAGAGUUAACAUGGAAAAGAUUAGUCUCAAUAAAAAGAAAAAGCAUGAAAAGUCAUCCAUUAAAGGAAGAAAUGUUGCUGGUACACGUUUACCUGGUAUAGCGAGGACCCAUUCAGCUUGUAUGAGCAAGCCAUUAAAUAAAAAGGUGUGUCUUCCCCCUGUUGGAUACCCUCAGCUAACAGAAAUGGGUGCUGCCUGCUCAGUCCUUGAGAUGGGUGCUGCUGCUGAAUCUUUACUUGCCGUCACAUCCAAGAACCUUCCGUCAGUCAUCACCCAGGAUAUGAAAGAAUCAGCAGCCUCUCAGGUGGAAACAAAAAGACCCAAAUCUGUGAGAAGUGAUGACUUUUCUGGGGCUUCCCCAAACACUGAUAUUCCCGCAGUCCUGUCUUACCCGUCUAGUGCUAGCACUACCAGCCUCAGACGGACACUGCUGCGCUUGAACAAUUUGCCUGACAGCUCUUCCCAGUUGACUUCAGCAAGAAGGCGUGACAACAUAUCCUUGCUAGAGACUCUACAAGAAAGUCCAUCCACUACUGGGGAAGAGAGUAAUAAAAUGCCAGGCAAAAGAAAAGUGAGUGACUCAAAUGGUGGAUUUAUUUCAGAGGGAGAUUCUUUAAAAAGAUCACCUAUCUCUUCACGUAAAGAUACACUCCUUGAUUCCUUUUUGAGACCAAACACCACAACAAGACGAAAAGAGUUUUCUCUUGAAGGUUUUAGUAGCCGUGAAGCACGGACUAUGUCUGGAAUUUUACGUCAGGCAUCUAUUGAAAAGAUUGGUUCUUCCCACAUUGGAAGCAUUGUAACCAGUGCCAGUAAAUCUCGUCUUAACAAUUAUUCCAUACCUGAAAUUGGAAGAAUUUCCACACCUGAAAGUAGACUAAUGUCUGCAAGAAUGACAUCAUCUGUAGGUGAUAGACUCAAGACCUCACCUACACACCGGUUACCUCCUGUGAAAACCAAAAAGAAACAAAAAAGAUGUUGUUCUUGUGGGAAGAAAACUGGGUUAGCUACUAGUUAUCAGUGCAGGUGUGGUAAGAACUUUUGUGCCAGUCAUCGUUAUGCUGAAUCACAUGACUGCACCUUUGACUACAAGACAGAGGGACGUAAACUUUUAGAACAGAGCAAUCCAUUGGUCAGUGCUCCCAAGCUUCCAAAAAUUUAAGACUGUGAUCACUCAAGGCAUUAACACUUGUGAUUUUAACAUUUUAUAUUACCCUAAAUGAGGUUUGAAACUUGUUCUCUACCACAAAGCUGGCUCAUUUUAUAAAGAAAAUAAAUAUUAAAAGAUAAAAUAAAAAAUCAAGCCUAUAAUUUGUAAAUACCCUACAAAAAAAAUAAAAUAUUUAGUGAAGGCUUCAUCGUAAAGUUUUAUGAAAGCCAAAUUUCCUUUAGGCCAAAAAAAUAUUUUAUUCAAAGUCAGUGUUUUACUAUUUAAAUAUUUUUUUUUAAAGUUGAGCUAAACAAGUAAUUCAAUGUUCAAUACAAUGUUAUUAGUGAGUUAGUAUUGGGUUGUAGACUCCACAUAUCUACAAGGUUUACAUGUCAUGUAAACAGUUGGUAAAGUGUGAUAGUCCGAACUUUUAUAGAACCCCAUCUAAUUUCAGAUGCUGCCAUACCUUGGUUAAAUCAUCUCUUAUGCCAGUAUAUUUUUAUAUUUUCAAAGCAAAAAGCUGAGUGAAAUUUUUGCAAUGAAUCUCAUAUUUUGUGAUACUAUUGUGUCAAUAAAAUGCCUGCACUAUUCCUACACAUACUGUAUAGUGUUAUCAGCUGAUUAAAAAAAAGAAGUGAAUGCAGUAUUGUGAUAGAGUUGUUUAUGCUAUAUCUGUGUGCACAGUAUUCAUAUUAUACUUUUUGUGUUUUGUAUAUUUUUUUAUGCAUUUUAGAUGUUGCAAAUAAUUAAAAGCACAUGCUAUAUUUAGUCUUACAUUUACAAAAAAAAAAAAAAUUAAACCCAUUUGACAUGAUCAAAAUAUAAGUUUUGUCAUUUUCUAUCCGAUCUAAAAUGCUUGUCACUUCAUGGAAUAAUAGCAAGGUAUGGCCAAGAUAACUUUCUGGUAACAUGAGUUGACUAGGUCAUCCUUUAGUAGAGCUUUGACAACUUGUCUUUGAUACUCUCAUGGAAAGUCAUUUUUUUUUAUUCAGGUGCUUUUCAGGUGUUUAUUAAAAACAUUCAUUGUACAUUGUAAUAGAUAGAUUUGAAAUAUUAUUUUAGUAAUUAUAUUAUUACAAACACCAAUUUAUCUAAAAAGUAUAUAAUCAUCCAUACAUAAAUAUGUAUAUAAAAUCUUGUAUACAUAUUUAUGUGUGGAUGUGUGUAUUUGUAUGUAUGUAUAUAAGUGUAUACACAUACAGAGAUUUUUCUGUUAUUUAAUUUUUAAGUGUGGUAAAUUAACUAUCCAUAUAAUGCUGUAAAUAAAGAUUGUUGAUGAAAAAUAAAGUAGUUAUUGAAUGAAAUGCUUCCACUUGCCCCAACUAAUAUCAGAUGGUUUCUUGACACCAUGAGUUACUGCUGCUCUAGUUAACUAAAUAUACUGGUAAAUCAUGUUAGCAUCAACUGCUAGUUCAGUC